CGGGGAGACCAGAUAUAGUGAAUGCAGGGUCCGGGGAGAGGAUAUAGUGAAUGCAGGGUCUGGGGAGAGCGGAUAUAGUGAAUGCAGGGUCCGGGGAGAGCAGAUAUAGUGAAUGCAGAGUCCGGGGAGACCAGAUAUAGUGAAUGCAGGGUCCGGGGAGAGCAGAUAUAGUGAAUGCAGGGUCUGGGGAGAGCGGAUAUAGUGAAUGCAGGGUCCGGGGAGAGCAGAUAUAGUGAAUGCAGGGUCCGGGGAGACCAGAUAUAGUGAAUGCAGGGUCGGGGAGACCAGAUAUAGUGAAUGCAGGGGUCCGGGGAGACCGGAUAUGGUGAAUGCAGGGUCCGGGGAGACCAGAUAUAGUGAAUGCAGGGUCCAGGGAGACUGGAUAUGGUGAAUGAAGGGUCCGGGGAGACCAGAUAUAGUGAAUGCAGG